AUGCCUUCUUCGCUCCUCCGCGUCGUCUUCGUCGUCUUCGUCUUGGGCACCGUCACGACGGUCUCUGGUGGCACGCUUUCGGUUCCUCUCCAGCGAAGAGGCCCCAGUCCAGAGCAUUACAAGACGCUUGCCCGCGCCAUUUCCCGUCGUGCCACUGACAACGGCACCGCCGAGCUGACUGCUCUCAACAACAUCACUGCCGCCGGAUACUAUGUCGACUUCUCCAUUGGCACGCCUGGCCAGAGCCUCAAGUUCCAGCUCGACACCGGCAGUAGUGAUACAUGGAUGAACUCGCCCCAGACUCGCUACUGCAGGAGCGCCGCCGCCCAGUCACAGUCGGGCUACUGCACGGCUACUUUCAAGCCCGAAGACAGCAAGACGUUCAGCCUCGUCGAUGAAGGCGGCUUCGACAUCACCUACCUCGACGACCAACAGAUCACGGGCGACUACUUCAACGACACCGUCACCAUUGACGGUCACGAAAUCACCAACCAACAGCUGGGCCUUGCCCUGUCGUCCAGCCGGGCCACUGGCAUCGUGGGCCUGGGCUUCAGCGCCAAUGUCGCCACCUCCAACAAGUACCCUACCAUCGUCGACAACAUGGUUGACCAGGGCAUCAUUGCCCAUCCAAGCUUCAGUCUAUACCUGAACGGCAUCGAUGCCCAGUCUGGCACCAUCCUGUUCGGCGGCAUCGACUCAGCCAAAUAUCUCGGCAGCCUCGCCAGUCUCCCGCUGAGGCCCAUGCCCAACGACCGCGGCACAAACGUCACCUCGUACGCGAUCGCCAUCAAGUCGCUAUCUGCCACAGGCGUCAAGGUGCCCCCCGUGGCCCCCGAGUCCGUCGCCAUCCUGGACUCGGGCUCCACCAUCUGCCUCGUGCCGGACUCCAUAGCCAACCCCAUCCAGGACAAGUUCGGCGUCGUCACCCUCCAGGCUCAGGGCGGGCCUGCGACCCCCCUCAUCGACUGCGCUUGGAAGGGCGGCAAGGGCAAGGGCGCCGGCCUCAGCUUCGGGUUCGGCGGCAAGACCAUCAACGUCCCCAUCGCAGACAUGGCCGUCGACAACCUCCCCGAGGAAGCGCAGCAGAUCCUGAAGGGCGGCGACGCGCCCCCCGUCCUGAGGGGCUGGGGCCGCGUCUGCCUCUUCGGCCUCGGCGGCUCCAGGGCGUACGGCGUCAGGAGCGACCGCUUCUACCUGCUGGGCGACACCUUCCUGCGCUCCGCCUACGUCGCCUACGACCUGGCCAACAGGCAGGUUGGCCUGGCCCAGUCCAACGUAAACGCCACCGGCUCCAACGUCGUCGAGAUUCAAAAGGGUGCCAAGAGCCUCCCCAACGUCACGGGCUCCGACGGGCCGGGGCCCGAGGUGAGACAAGACAGCGCCUCUGGCCGUAAUGUCCCCUCCUCCGUCGCCGCCGUCCUCGUCCUGGGCGCAGCUGUCGCCUUCUCAGCCGUGUAA